GAGAGGAAGGUGGAGAGUAACGUGGACUAAAAAAGAAGAGGGAAAAAUAGACGCAAAUAGAACAAUUAUAGAGAGAAAAAGAUUGAAAUUUGGGGAAUGGUAGCACACCCACAACAUCACAAAUGAGCAACAGAGGUGGAGGGAUGUUGGGCAACCAUCAUCUCCAACAACAACAACAACAACAACACCAUCAUCAUCAACAACAACAACAUCAUCAUCAACACACCAACAACACCAGCAACAAACCAGAAUGGCUUCAACAGUACGAUCUAAUCGGCAAAAUUGGUGAAGGAACUUAUGGUCUCGUUUUCUUAGCUCGCGUUAAACCUCCUUCUAUUCAUCGUGGUAAAUCUAUCGCUAUCAAGAAGUUUAAGCAAUCUAAAGAUGGUGAUGGUGUUUCCCCUACUGCAAUUCGUGAAAUCAUGUUGCUACGAGAGAUUUCCCAUGAGAACGUGGUUAAGCUCGUGAAUGUACACAUCAAUCCUGCAGACAUGUCAUUAUAUUUGGCCUUUGAUUAUGCUGAGCAUGAUCUAUAUGAGAUCAUUAGGUAUCACAGAGAUAAAGUGAAUCAGCCUAUCAAUCAGUACACAGUUAAAUCACUGCUAUGGCAGCUGCUAAAUGGGCUAAAUUAUCUACACAGUAAUUGGAUUAUACAUAGAGAUCUUAAACCAUCGAACAUCUUGGUUAUGGGCGACGGUGAGGAGCAGGGUGUUGUGAAAAUUGCUGAUUUUGGAUUAGCAAGAGUAUACCAAGCUCCUUUAAAGGCAUUGGCUGACAAUGGGGUUGUGGUGACAAUUUGGUAUCGAGCUCCUGAGCUGCUGCUUGGGGCGAAACACUACACUAGUGCUGUUGAUAUGUGGGCUGUUGGAUGUAUAUUUGCGGAGCUUCUGACUUUGAAACCAUUGUUUCAAGGUGCAGAAGUGAAAGGCACACCAAAUCACUUUCAGCUGGAUCAACUCGACAAAAUAUUUAAAGUCUUAGGUCAUCCUACACCGGAAAAGUGGCCUAUACUUGUAAACCUCCCGCAUUGGCAACAAGAUUCCCAACAUAUUCAAGGGCAUAAGUAUGAUAAUCCUGGGCUCUAUAGUGUUGUCCAUCUUUCUCCCAAAACUCCUGCAUAUGAUCUACUCUCUAAAAUGCUCGAAUAUGAUCCUCGUAAGCGACUAACAGCUGCACAAGCGCUUGAACAUGAGUACUUCAAGAUGGAGCCUUUGCCAGGUCGCAAUGCAUUUAUACCUUCUCGACCUGAAGAUAAAGCUGUCAAUUAUCCUGCACGACCAGUGGACAGUAAUACUCAUUUUGAAGGAACAACAAGCAUUCAACCUCCUCCACAGGGUCCUCCUGCAAAUGCAGUUGCUGGUAAUAUGCAAGGUUCUCAUAUUGUGCCAAAUAGAAAUGUACCUCGACAAAUGCCUAUGGUUGGUAUGCAAAGAGUGCAGCCCCAAGGCAUGCCACCCUAUAACAUCUCUUCUCAGGCUGGAAUGGGUGGUGGACUGAAUCCUGGCGGCAUCCCCAUGCAACGUGGUGUGUCGGCUCAAGCCCAUCCACAGCAGCAGCUGAGGAGAAAGGAUCCUGGAAUGUUGCCUGGGUACACUUCACAGCAGAAAUCCAGAAGAUUUUGAGGCGUGUCAGAGAUUUCGUUUGGCUUUCUGCAAAAUGAAAGAGUCGGUCUCUCAAGGUGUAACUUAUGAUGUGAAACGUGAACUCAUGGCAUGCCUGGAGACAAAGUUGAGAUGACAGCCCUAGCCCUGGAAUGGGCUGACUGCAUUUGGAGAAACAGGGUAUGACUCGCAGGGAAUUCAGCUGAUCGUUGUUAAGGCGGUUUUGGCAACUCCUGUAGCCUGGCUUCUUAACUCAUGCAGAUCAGCCAGUGCUUUGGUAUCAGCCAGCCGGUUUUUUGUUUGCGCUACGUACAUGCCCGCUCAAUCCCUUUCUAUGUAGAAAAAUAGGCAAAAAGGAAUUAGAAGAUUGUAACAUCAUUAAUGAUAAUUGAUAUGCAUAGAAUUAUUGAUCUUAAAACCUCCUUUCACCCUUAAAAAUGAAGAUAUUGGCGCACUCGUUGUGGUACUUGGGUAGAUCCAAAAAAACAAACGUGUAAUUCUUUUGUAUAAGAUUGGUUUAAGAAGAAAAGUGAACAUAAAUCAGCUCGAGGGCCUGUCUGUAUUCUUGUGUUCACCUAUUCAUGUUGUGUCAUACCUUCUAUUUUGGAGGUUUUACUAUUAUAUUGGUAAGUUGUAGCAACCUUUUUUUAAUAUUGUAUAAUGUUUACUUUGUAGUAGAAUAUGUAACACUUUGUAAGUAUAUGAAAAAUAGAGGUUUUACUUGUUA